UCAUCUGAUCCAUCAGAAUCAUUGGAAUCAUGUGGGGGGGGACAGACAGCCAUCAACUCAAAGGCAGUUUCUGCGUAAGAGCUGGUUUCCAUCUCCUCUUUCAGAUGUCCUAUUCCCUCACCAGAUUUGCCAUCUAUGAGACAGUGAGGGACAUGAUGGGCAGCACAAGCCAGGGCCCCAUGCCCUUUUACCAGAAGGUCCUACUGGGAGCCUUCGGAGGUUUCACCGGUGGGUUUGUUGGGACGCCGGCAGACAUGGUGAACGUCAGGAUGCAGAAUGACAUGAAACUACCACCAGAACAGAGGAGAAACUACAAACAUGCCAUCGACGGACUCUUCAGAGUCUUCAGAGAAGAGGGUGUGAGGAGACUGUUCUCAGGAGCCACCAUGGCCUCCAGCAGAGGAGCGAUGGUCACUGUUGGACAG